UCACUCGAGACUCCGGAGUCAGUCGUUAGUAAGCUUUUCCCCUCUCGAGUCUCGCGCGGUGCGGAAGUGGACGGCGGGGCAGGGCUCGCGCUCCGCUGCAUAUAAACGCACGCGGACUUCCUCAAACUCACUUUGCAUCGGAGCAGAGACGCACUCAGAUCUAAAGCAGCAGUCAUGAGCUGGAACAGCUACAUCGACAGCCUGACCAAGAGCGAGUGGGUGGACGAUGCGGUCAUCCUCGGGUGCACACAGGGUCAGGAGUCCGUCUGGGCAGCGGCGCCGGGCGGAUGGCUCAGCCAGGUCACGCCGGCCGAGGUGAAGGCCAUCGUCGCCAGUGACCGCAGCGGUCUGUUUGCCAACGGAGUGACCCUGGCCGGCAGGAAGUGCACGGUCCUGAGAGACACUCUGAACGUGGAAGGCCAGAACACCAUGGACAUCAAGAUGAAGACCUCAGAGAAAGAGCCCGACCCGUUCUCCUUCACCAUCGGCAGAUCUAUGCAAGCUCUAAUUAUUGCUAAAGGUGUAAAAGAUGCUCAUGGAGGCAAAGUCAAUCCACUCGUCUUUGACAUGACCGCAUACCUCAGGAAGCUGAACAUGUGAACAAGCCCCGCCCCCAGCCCUGAUGACUCCGCCCACGUCUCCACCCUCUGCCAGCUUCACUUGUCAGUCACCUGCAGGAACUGAUCUCCAUUCAUGAAUCUAGAAGAACCGCUCCACGAUCGACCAAACCUACUUAAGACGUCUUCAUCAUCAUCAUCAUCUUCAUCACGGUUUCUUCUCCAGUCAGGCAGUGGAGCGCAAUCUCUAGUUAAUAUCAAACUCCUUCAUUUGUUUUGUUUUGUUUUUUUUAUUAUUAUGAAUUAAUUGAUGAUUUAAGGUACUAUAGUAUUGUGUGUGUUUUGGACGGGCGGAGCGUCCAGUCAAACGGUUUUAUCUUUUGUUGAUUGCUGAACGAAAGCCAGAAAUCUGACUGAAGCCCAAUAAAGAGAGAGAGAGUUUGUACGGA